GUUACAUUAUCUUGAAGGUCAGCAUGUACCACUAAAGGUUUUAUAUUUCUUCAUAAAGUUUUUGAUAAGGAAUGAAAAUGUGGAUCGUACUUACAUUGAUUCUUGUUGUUUUCUCUUGGCAAGGUGGCGCACAAUGUCCAUCUGGAUGGACCAAACAUGAUUCGAGCUGCUAUCACUUUAGUCAUGACACCGAACCUUGGAUGCUUGCUCAGGAAGUUUGUAAGACCUUUGGUGCAUAUUUAGCUGACAUAACUACACAAACAGAAGAUGCUUUCUUGCAAAAUGAAGUUCAAAGACUGAAAGUGAACCAUUGGGUUGGCGGUAACGACUUGAUGAAUGAAGGAGAAUGGAAAUGGGUUAGUACAAAUGAAGAUAUCGGUUACAAAAAUUGGUUAACUGGAGAGCCAAAUAACCUCGUUCAAAAUGAGAAUUGUAUGGACCUGAGAUCUAUACCUGGCUGGAAUGAUGAGAGGUGUGAUAGGUCACAGCUGUAUAUUUGCGAACAACCAGUAGAAGAUGUGUCUAUUGUCGGAUAAAGACCUGUCAGUCACGGAGUACACUGAAAAUGUCCGCUAUUGUCGACGAUAACAUGAAAUUACGUUUAAUUUUGUUGUAAUAAAUCAAGUAUUAUUGUA